GUGUGUUUUUUCCUAGAUCGUCUUCCCGAGGGAAGGGGGCUGAGGUGCUACACAAGAUGUUUGUGCUUCAUGAACCCCAGAAGCUGCAGCUUCUGUGCGAAUCCUUGGAAAAGAACAUCCCUGAAUCCUUGAAGGUAUAUGGUGCCAUUUUCAACAUUCAAAAUAAAAACCCAUUCAACAUGGAUGUGCUGGUAGAUGCCUGGCCAGAUUACUUACCUCAGAAAGAGGAGAUGAAGGAUGAUCUGGAUCAUUACACCAACACUUACCACAUUUUUACCAAACCUCCUGACAAGAUACAGGAAGUCCUGGCAUGCCCCCAGGUUAUCAAUUGGGAACAAACCUUCCAGAUCCAAGGUUUCCAAGAGAGCUUGGAUGAAGCAAUAAAGAAGGUUGCAGCUUCAAAAUCAGUGCAGGUGGAUUACACAAGGACCAAACUCUUUAGGCUAGAAAUGCCAAGGAAACUCAAGACAUCAAGUGAUGGCAAGGCAGAUUUGAUGAAGCAAGUUAAUAUGCCCACAGAGGAUAAAAGUCAAAAUAUCAUGUUGCAUCCCUUACAUGCAGGGCUUGUGAAUGAGCAGUGGGACUUUGGAAAAAAGGAAAGGAGCUUGAAAUAUAUUGAACGCUGCCUCCAGAAUUUUCCAGGACUUGGUAUUCUGGGUCCGGAGGAGCUCCCUGUCUCUUGGAUUGUGAUGGAACAGUCCUGUGAGUUAGGAAUGGAUUACACUGUCCCUAAAUACCGAGGCCAAGGCAACAUGUGGAAAAUAGGCUAUUACUUUGUGGAUUACCUUAGUCAGAAAAAAAUACCAUUAUAUUUACAUGUGGCAGAAAGUAAAGAAAAAACCCACAAAUUAUUGAGAAGUUUUGGACUUAACCUUUAUCCUUGUGGCUGGCAUCAGUGGCAAUGUACCCCCAAGAAAUAUUGCUGA